AUGACCACCCCCGCCAUUGCACCCACCACCGUCUCCGAAAUCACCAAGCCCACCAUGAAAACAACAGUCACCCCCAUUGUCGAGACCGACGGUCCUCUCUUCCCCGCCACCCUCAUCUCCCCCGAGGUAAUCGCUGCCCUACCUGAUAACUACACCAUCCGGCCUCUGCGCCGCUCAGACUACAGCCGCGGCUACCUCGAUGUGCUGCGCGUUCUGACCACCGUCGGUGAAAUCACCGAGGAGAUGUGGAACAAGCGCUAUGAGUGGAUUACCUCGCGCAACGACGAGUACUACAUGAUUGUCGUGUGCGACGGUGAAGACCGCGUCGUCGGUACCGGUAGUCUGCUUGUUGAGCGCAAGUUCAUUCACUCGCUCGGCAUGGUUGGACACAUUGAAGAUAUUGCCGUUGAGAAGAAUCAGCAGGGCAAGAAGCUUGGUUUGAGAAUUAUUCAGACUUUGGAUCACGUCGCUGCUCAGGUUGGAUGCUACAAGAGCAUUCUCGAUUGCUCCGAAGUCAACGAGGGAUUCUACGAUAAGUGCGGAUUCAAGCGUGCUGGUCUCGAAAUGGCCCACUACUACUGA